AUGUCUUUGCUGGAUGGAUUCCUAACCUGGUCUGUCAUUGACGCUCAAGUAUUGGUUGCUGUCAGGGCGGUGGCCCUGAUAUUCCUGGGCCCUUCGCCGCUGCCUUGCCCGCCUCUGGCAGGUAUGGGCAAUCAUUCGUGGCAACCAGAUGAUACUAUUCUAGCACUCCGCAAAGAGCAUGGUAAAUUUAACUAUUAUGAAACCGUUGCUGUUUCAAAGACUGAGUACUAUCAGGCCACUUCGUUCGCAUUUCGCAUGAUGAAACCCCGAGGUCAAGAACGAACGCUCCAAGUGACUGGCAUCGAGGUACCUGGCCAAGAACAUCAUCCAUUCCGAGAAAGCAGUGAAGAAGGAACCGAGAUGCUUGCCGAUUGGAUGUAUCGCUACGGCCAAGAUGGCAAGCCAAUGGAUCUUGACCAAUUCUUCACAUAUUCGAUCUCGCUGCGAGGUCAUGUUCAGCCGGCCCUUCGGCUUCAUCAAAGGAGUGCCUCUGGGGAUUUCAUCUCCAGUAUAAGUCUCAACAUGCUGGUUGCUUGGGGCGGCUUCUAUCGCUGGCUCUUCCACAUUUUCUUGACCAACCCUAAUGUUACGUGGCUCAACAUCUUCCCCGUGGGGCAUCUGGUGAAUAUGGCUUGGAGGACACUCCAGGAGCGUCAUGAUAGUCCUGAGCGCAGGAUCGGAUACGGUGUCCUAGGCCAUACAGUCUUUCGUUCACCAUAUGAUACAAACUCCGGACAGUUGGCAGCGUGCGCGGGAGAAGUAUUGGAUCCCGGUCAACAUAUGGCGAGAAUCGAGCUCUUGAAGUUGGCGGCAACUAUUGAAAGAGAUUACGCUGUCCAACUGGCGAAUCCGGGCCAGAGGUGGCAGUGGAAGGCGUACUUCGCAAUCGUCCGACACAGCAAAGCCUGAGCAGAGGUAACCUUAUGAGCUGCAAGUUCUGAGCUACCGCGGGU